AUGACUGUAUCUUGCCGUGGUUAUGCCGACCUCCUGUCCCGCGGUGGACCAAACUGCCGCACUUUUCAAGGGGUCGCGCGGCAUCUUGGCUUGGUGCAAGACGAACAGGAGUACCACUACGCACUGCGCGAGGCCGCCACUUUCAUGACUGGCCCGAGACUUCGUUCUUUCUUUGUGAUCCUCUGCAACAUGGGGGCUCCUGCAGCUCUCCUGUGGGAUGCUUUCCGUGAUUCCAUCUGCGAGGACCACAUAGAGCGUAAUCCUCUCGAUGUUGAACUGGCCUACAAGCUAGGUCUCAUCGAUAUUGAUCGGAGUCUUCGUCGGCAGGGUUCUUGCGUCGCAGAUCAUGGCCUCCCCGAUGUACACGAUGACACGACGGAGUUGGGCAGAGAACUGCUCUUACAUGGUGAAAAUCAACAGAGAGUGUUUGUGGAGGAGUGGGUGCCAAAGCUCUCUGAAGAUCAAAACCGCGUAUUUGAGUACGUUACCUCCGUUCUCAAUGCCCCUGCCAGCGGAACGUCGUCGAAAAUCAUUUUUCUUGACGGCCCGGGAGGCUAUGGGAAGACCACUCUGAUUCGUGUCAUUCUCGCAUACGUGAGAGGUUGUCGUCAGGUUGCACUGGCAGUCGCUAGCUCUGGGAUCGCCGCGGGUAACAUGCCUGGUGGAACUACAGCUCACAGCAUGUUCCGGUUGCCACUCGACUUCGGUGACGGCACCGGCUUUUGGAACAUCACCAACGGCUCCCAGCGAGCAGAGCUCAUCAGGGCCGCAAGGCUCAUUGUCUUUGAUGAGGCCCCGAUGGCACAUCGGUUCGUUUUCGAGGUUCUUGACAGAUCCCUGCGAGACCUCAUGCGUUCCAGUGAGCUAUUUGGUGGUAAAAUAUUCCUCUGUUGUGGCGACUUUCGCCAGAUCGCGCCUGUCGUUGUAAACGCUCGUACUCCAACUGACAUUGUUUGUGUCUCACUUCGGGCUUCCCAUCUGUGGCAGCAUUUCAAAAUUUUUGCCCUGACAACAGCUCAUCGGACUAGUAGUUCCACAGCCUAUUCCGAAUUCCUUCUUAGGGUAGGCAACGGAACUGUCAGUUCGACCACUUUCUUGGAGGGACGGAACGAACAAAGUCUAAUUCCGCUGCUCGGGAUUAGACAAGUGACGUCUUUGACUGAUUUGGUCGAUUCCGUCUUUCCCGCAAACGUCCUACUCGACUCUGAUAUGUGUUCGCGACGCGCAAUCCUCUCGACUCUGAUAGUGAACGUCAAGGAGAUCAACGACCACAUCUUGAACUCCCUCGACGGUCAUCUGUACGAGCUGAGGAGCGCCGACACAGUCGACAGAGAGAACGACGAUGGCCUGGAUGUCGACGUUCAACUCCUGAACACGGCUACUGGCAAGGGCGUACCAGACCAUGUUCUGCGGCUGAAGAUCGGUUCUGUUUGCCUCAUUAUGAGGAACCUCAACAUCGCUGAAGGACUCGUCAACGGCACUAAAGUCAUCGUAAUCGGCAUCACCAACCGCCUGAUUACAGUGAGACUUCCCGGACAGACGCAACCUAUCGGAAUUCCCCGGAUUACCUUUACUUUUGCGUUUGUCGAGGGUUCGCCGUUACGUGUUCGUCGACGUCAGUUCCCACUGAUGUUGGCCUAUUGCAUGACCGGACACAAGAGCCAAGGUCAGACAAUAGAUUCAGUCGGUGUUGAUUUACGGACCGAUUGCUUCACGCACGGGCAACUAUACGUCUUGCUCAGUAGGGUCAGACAUCCAGACCAUAUUGUUGUUCUCGUACACCCCGAACGUGUCCGAGAUGGAAUCGCAUACGCAAAGAACAUCGUGUAUGGCGAUCUCCUUCUCUAA